CCCGUGUUGCCUCGCGGCGUUUCCAUAGCGACCGUUGUUGAGGCCUAGUGCCGCCAUGGGGCGCGGAGCCCCGCCGCUCUGCUUGGGCCUGCUCUUGGUGUUUCCGUGGCCGGUGGAGCUCUCCACCACCCCGGGAGCGCCCUCCUUGGAGCCCGAGAGCAGCCCCACCUCGGGAGCGACCCCCACUGAGGAGGGCAAGCCCAGCCCCGGGCCUAGGCCUACCCCUGAGCCCGGCCCCUCGGAGCCCGCCUCGCGGUUGGAGCCCUGGCCCGAGCCCGCCCUCGACGUGGCCAAACUGUGCGUCUGUGACCUGCUGGUGGAUGAGUGUGAUGUCAAUUGUUGCUGCGACCCUCUCUGCACAGCUGCGGAUUUCAGUCUCUUCACUGCAUGUUCUGUUCCCGUCGUCACAGAUGACAGCCAACUUUGCAGCUGGCAGGAAGCCCGAUAUUUCCUAAACCCAGAUGCAUACCCUCCUACAAGGAUAUUUCAGUUGCUGGACCAGGUCAACCCCAACGUUUUCUGCAUUCAAGCCAUUAACUACAAAGAUGCUCUGUCUUUCCCGACUCCGGACAUACCCACUUCAGAUAAUUUUGACAAGUUGCUUGAAGAAUUUAAUGAGGAUGCUUUUGAUCUUACCUUGAGAGUCCAAUCAGAUGCUCGGCGUGCCACAGAUGCCAACAAGACCUCCAGAUACCAAUACAAGGAUCCGAUUCUGACCCCAGCGGGGUUCUUAAGGUUCCCAGCACCUCUCUUCUUUUCUUGGUGCACUCACGACAACCCUGCAGCGUUUCUAGUGGACCAGGAUAUCAAGUGCAACACAGCGUUCCAGGGGAGCAAAUGCACCGCCCUUCCUGCCCUCAGCAUGGCGUUCUACACCAAUUUGAGCGUUUUAGCUGUCCCAAAUUCAAGUCAAACGGUGAAUGUCACCAUCCAGUCCAUCACUGUUCAGACACUGGGCGGACUGCGGACCCGUUUGAAGAACACCGAUGUGCUGAUGCUCCCCACAUUGCAUCCUCAGUCAUGCAGCAACGUGGUUCUUGAGGCCGAUUAUCUCACAACAUUUACAGAGGCCGGGGAAAUAACUGGCGUGACUGUGUCUUUGGUCCUGGGGACCAUCAAUGCGACAGCCCUUUUUGUGCAGCAAGUCUUUGGGAUCCAUUUUAUUCAGCAAGAUACUCAGCCGAUUCCUCUCAGCGGAAGCCCUGGGUACGUGGUGGGACAACCAGUAAGGGCUGGAUUUAGGUCAACCGGCUCUGGAGUCAUUCAGAGUUUGAACGAAAAGGGCCAGCUCACCAUCCUGAAAAGCAGCCCGGCCCAGGAUUGCUUGGCUGUGGAAGGCGUUCGAGCCCCCGUCUUGUUUGGGUACAACAUGAUGUCUGGGUGCCAACUACGGAUUACCAAGGACUCCAAUUGCGAGCUGUUGGCCCCGGCCGUGCUGACCACGCUGAAGGGCCCAAACUAUCCAGACUCCGUCGCCUCUUUUGGGGAUUCUCAACCCCAAGAUGGACCAGAUUGGAUUGAGAUUAUCAAUAAUUUCACCAAGUCGAGCUCCUGCGAAGUCCCCGUUUCCUUUGAAUUUCAAGUGCAGUGGACUAAAUACGGCUCCUUGGUGAACCCCCAGGUUAAAAUCGUGUGCCUCACGACGACGGUAUUGACAUCUGCCUUGCCCCAGGUGGGGCCAGGAAACGAGAGCACCAUCCAGGUACACACUUUUGUGACGUUCAUUGAUGUCUCUGCACCAGCCAAGCCGGGUUACAAAGCUCUUCCGAGCAUCGAGGCCAGUCUGCCCUUUGAUUUUUUCUUUCCAUUUGUUUAAGGCCGGGGCCCAAGUCCCACCCCUUCAAGCCAUACCCCAAAAAUGCUCCCAAAUAUCCCUCUACCUCUGUUCCAACCCAAGGUGGCAACUGUGGUUUUUCUCGGCUACCAAGCACAGCUAUUCUCCCCUGAUUGGGAGAAUCAGCAAGAACCCCAAAGGAAGAACAACCACAAAGCCACGUCCAAUAGAAAGUGUGGAGAACGACUUCUCUUCAAAGAGAUCUGCUUCUCUGGGUGCCACCCCUGUUCACUUACAGCUCAGGGAAACUAACAAAAACCACCUUUUAUACGGGUUGAGCUUUUUAAAGUGAUGUUUAUUUAUUUUCACACUGUACAGCUGUACAAUUAAAGAUUGGAAUAAUUGA